AUGGAUCUAUCUAUCUAUCUAUCUAUCUAUCCGAUCUGUUCAUAUCUAUCUGAUCUAUCUUCGUAUCUAUCUAUCUAUCUAUCUCAUCCCUUUCUUACCUAUCUAUCUAUUUCAUCCCUUUCGUAUUUAUCUAUCUAUCUAUCUAUCUAUCUAUCUAUCUCAGUGCGUUCGUAUCUAUCUAUCUAUCUAUCUAUCAUCCUAUUCAUCUAUCUAUCUAUCUAUCUAUCUAUCUAUCUAUCUAUCUAUCUAUCUGUAUCCUAUCUGAUGCGUUCUAUCUAUCUAUCUAUCUAUCUAUCUAUCUAUCCCUGCGUUCGUAUCUAUCUAUCUAUCAUCUAUCUAUCUCCUAUAUCUAUCUAUCAUCCGUUCGUAUCUAUCUCAUCUAUCUAUCAUCUAUCUAUCUCAUCUAUUCGUAUUUUCUAUCUAUCUAUCUAUCUAUCUAUCUAUCUAUCUAUCUAUCUAUCUAUUCAGGUCGUUCAUAUCUAUCUAUCUAUCUAUCUAUCAUCUAUCUACCUAUCUAUUUAUUCAUAUCUAUCUAUCUAUCUAUCUAUCUAUCAUCUAUCUAUUCCCUAUCCAUCUAUCUCAGUGUCUUCGUAUCUAUCUAUCUAUCUAUCUAUCAUUCUAUCUAUCUAUCCCCUUUCGUAUCUAUCUAUCUAUCUAUCUAUCUAUCUAUCUAUCAUCUAUCUAUCAUAUCUAUCUACCAUCUAUCUCAAUUCGUUCAUUCUAUCUAUCUAUCUAUCUAUCUAUCUAUCUAUCUAUCUAUCUAUCUAUCUAUCUCAUCUAUCUAUCUAUCUAUCUCAAUUCAUCCAUUUCUUUCUAUCUAUCUAUCUAUUCAUCCCUCUAUCUAUCUAUCUAUCAUCUAUCUCAUCCAUCUAUCUAUCUAUCCCUUUCAUCUAUCAUCCAUCUCUAUCUAUCUAUCUAUCCGAGUCUGUUCGUAUCUAUCAUCUAUCUAUCUAUCUUCUAUCAUCUAUCUAUCAUCUAUCUCAUCCCUAUCAUUCUAUCUCUAUCUAUUCAUCUAUCUCAUCCCUUUCAUUCUAUCUUUUCAUCCCUUUCGUAUCUAUCUAUCUAUCUAUCUAUCCAUCUAUCUAUCUAUCUAUCUAUCUAUUCAUCUAUCUCAUCCCUAUCUAUCUAUCUCAUCUAUCUAUUUCAUCUAUCUAUCUAUCUAUCUAUCUAUCUAUCUAUCUAUCUGAGUGCGUUCGUAUCUAUCUAUCAUCUAUCUAUCUAUCUAUCUAUCUCAUCCUUCGUAUCAUCAUUCAUCUAUCCUAUCUAUCUAUCUCAUCCAUCUCAUCCUAUCUAUCUAUCUAUCUUCAUCCCUUCAUUUCAUCUAUUCUAUCUAUCUAUCCCUCUAUCUUCUAUCCAUUCAUUAUUUCAUCCCUUUCUAUCUAUCUCAUCCCUCAUCUAUUCAUCUAUCUAUCUAUCUAUCUCAUCCCUUCUAUCUAUCUAUUCUAUUCAUUUCCAUCCCUCUUCUAUCUAUCUAUCUAUCUAUCUAUUCAUCUAUCUCAUCCCUUUCUUACCUAUCUAUCUAUUUCAUCCCUUUCAUCUAUCUAUCUAUCUAUCUAUCUAUCUAUCUAUCUAUCCCAUUCUUUCUUUCUAUCUAUCUAUUUUCAUCUUUCUAUCUUAUCUAUCUAUCUAUCUAUCUAUCUAUCUCAUCCCUUUCAUCUAUCUAUCCUAUUUCAUCCCUUUCGUAUCUAUUCAUCUAUCUAUCUAUCUAUUCUAUCUAUCUAUCAGUCUGUUCAUAUCUCUAUCUAUCUAUCUAUCAUUCAUCUCCAUUCAUUUUAUAUCUAUCUAUCUAUCCCUUAUCUAUCUAUCUAUUAUCUAUCUAUUCAUCUAUCCUCAUCUAUCGUAUCUAUCUAUUCAUCUCAUCCCUUCUAUCUAUCUAUCUAUCUCUAUCAUCCUCUUUCGUACUCAUCACUUUUCCUAUCUAUUUUGAUUCUUGCUCUUCUCAUCUCUUCUUCUUUUCUUCUUUCCUUCCUUCCGUCCUCCCUUAAAUCCACCCUCUUUAUUGUUCUUUCAUUCUUUCUUUCUUCUCGACUGAUCUUCUCUUCUCUCUCGUUAUGUUCCUCCCCCACUCGCUUCUUUCUUUUUCUUUCUUCCUUCCGGCUUUCCUUCAAUCCACCCACUUUCUUUCUUUCUUUCUUCCUUUCUUUAUUUCUUUCUUUCUUUCUUUCUUUCUUUCUUUUUUUGACUGAUCACCGUUUCUCUUUCGUCUUGCUUUUCUCAUGUCAUCUUCUUUUCCUCUUUUCUUCCUUCCUUCCUUCCGUCCUUCCUUCAUUCCACUCUCUUUCUUGUUCUUUCUUUCUUUCUUUUGACUGUCCUCCGCUUCUCUCUCGUCUUUCCUUCUUCCUUCCUUCCUUCCUUUUCUUUCUUUCUUUAGCUUCCUGUCUUGAUUUUAUUUUUUUCUUCUUCCUUCCUUUCUUUCUUUCUUUCUUUCUUUCUUUCUUUCUUUUUUUUUGUCCUCUGUCCAUUGAUUUUUCCUUUUCUUGUUCUUUCUUUCUUUGUUCCAUUUCUUUUUUCUUUUUCUUCUUUCUUUUUUUUUUUUUCUUUCUUUUCUUUUCUUUCUUUCUUUCUUUCUUUUGA